CUGAAUCUGAAAGGAUUUCAGAUGGGAGGCAUUGCAAUUCUUUGCAAAUUUAAUAACAUGCAUACAAACAAGAAGAGAUACUUCUGCAAGGGCAAUUCUACAACCUGCCCUCAUAAUCGCUUCACAAAUGGUACUGAUAGCAGGUUCUUCCAGUAUGAAAAUGAGUUCAAUAAGGCCCACUUAUUAGUUCUACUCACAAACCUCACCACACAGGACACCGGGAUGUAUCACUGUGCAGUUGAAGAUGAAGAAAUGCAGGCAGCAUUUAACUUGAAUAUAAAAGAAGUUGACUGCUGUGAUUCACCUAAUACAACUACUGGACAUGUGGGAGGACAUAAAAGGAUUCAGUGCAAGUACCCUGAGGAAGCAAAAACAAACGUGAAACACUUCUUCAAGCAACAUGAUACGUUCGUUGAUUUGGAUUUUAUCACAUCAAAUUCUUUACCAAAGAAUACAAAAUAUUCUCAGUCUGACAACAAAUCUGCAAACGUCUUUACUGUGACUAUCCAUGAGCUGGAGAGGAAGGAUGCUGGGAUCUACUGGUGUGGACUUAGAACUGCUGGGAAUAAUGUGGCUUUGACCGGACAGGUGAAUCUACAGAUCACAGGUGUCACAGGCAUUGCCUCUCCUAUUGCAUCCAGGGAAGUUGUAGGGUUCUCUGAAGUGGAUGGCACUAACUAUGAAGAUGUUCCUCAAGAGUUAUCAGCUAGCAACAUUCAGAUGAGUUCAGUCUAUCAAAACCUAAACCCCAACACUGAUGAAGAUUACCAGAACCUGAACCCCAACACUGAUGCACUUUACCAGAGUUUGAACCCCAACACCAUCCAACCUAAUGCAGAUUACCAAACCCUGAACCCCGAUGCACUUUACCAGAGUUUGAACCCCAACACCAUCCAACCUAAUGCGGAAUACCAGAGCUUGAACCUUAAUACCAGAUAA